CCUAUUCGCCAUUGCUUUAUCUUUAGUCUUCUGUGGAGCAUGGUCGGUUGAAUUCCAGCAUCUUCUCUCUCUCUCUCUCUCUCUCUUCUCACACACACACACACUCAAUCCGCAGCAUUUCUUCAAUUGGUAUAUUCUUUGCAAGGAAUGUGAAUUUUUCCUUUGGAAACCCUCAUACAGCAUGUUGGAUGAAGAGGAUUACUGCAUCAGUCUUCAGUUGAAACAGCAAGAUCUCUUACUCUACAUGAAGUAUAAAUCUUAUGAUACUCAUAGAAGACAUCAGAGAAACUAGAGAAUAAAUAUAUCAGUGAUUAAGCAACAUCCCCAGGAAAACGAGUGAUACAGUUGCUUUUGCACCAAUUAAUUAUGAGAAACGUGAGAUGACUACAAGUUCAAGAGAAGCUGGUUUUACAACAAAACAAGAAAGCAACACAAGCGAUGGAAAGAUCUCUGGGGCUUCAUCGAGCUCAACAUCAUGGUCAAAAUUAAAGGAUCCACGAAUAGUUCGCGUGUCUCGGGCUUUUGGAGGCAAAGACAGGCAUAGCAAAGUCACUACCGUGAGAGGAUUGAGAGACAGACGCGUAAGGCUUUCUGUACCAACCGCUAUUCAAUUGUAUGAUCUUCAAGACAGGCUGGGGUUUAAUCAGCCUAGCAAGGUGGUUGAUUGGUUGCUUGAUGUAGCUAAGCAUGAAAUUGAUGAACUUCCUCCACUCCAAAUGCCUCCCGGAAACUUUGCCCUAAAUCAUCAGCCAAUUCUAGCUUCUCAUAUAGUUGGUGCUCCUCAAUCUGACAAAGAAGAACUCAAAAUCAACACUAGUGUCCAUUGGGACAAUCCGUUGGAACUGUCCAGGUCAAGCUUUUGGAAUUCAGAUGCUUCCAUGAGGGAUAAGUCCAAGGGGGUUUCAAGGGAAAUCUCAAAUGAUGAAGGAAAACAAGGUGAUGAUCUUGAAGAUCAUAGUGCAUAUGUUUCAUCUAGCAACUUGUUCCGAAGACAAAAUCAUUCUUCCCUACCUGGUGGUUUGCUGAAUAGUGGCAUGCCCUAUAAUUCUUUCCUCCGUUGGGAUCGAGCUAAUUUAUCGCUAUCUCAUCCAGGAAGCCAUGAAUUGACACCGCAAACAGAAGAUUUCCACAACUUCACUGUUGUCCCCUUGCCGUCAACAUUGUCCAUGCCUACUGGACCUCAUGUUCUUGUAUGUCCUCCUGGAACACAGCCUUAUUUUCCCUCUCCUGUUACUACUGCAAUGGAGUCUGAUCCAAAACAAAUCAACUUUCAGAUGUUGAGCUCGGGUUCACAACAUCCAAUACCAAAUUCUCUCGCACAAUUCCAAUUGAGCAUGACUUCUCAGAUGCCACACAAAGAUGGUGGUCAGUUUCCUUCAAAAUAGACUUUAUGCCGGACCUUGGCCAAAAGUCUUUCUUCUUUCAGGCCAACAAAAAAAAGACUGUUAUAAUAGAAGAUUGACACAUGAUCCCGGCAUCAAAUUAUAAAUUUCUUCCCGAAGGAAAGUAGAAAUAUAACGCGUACAAGUUUGUGUUGGAUUCAUUCUACUAAGUAAUAUCUUGGCGGAUAUUUCUCAUCUUUUAUCGUCACCACGUUGAUCGCAUAAUUCCUUUCAUAAUAGCUUCAUCUAGCUGCUGCAAAUCAACUUCGAAAGAUAUCUACAAAUGUAGAGUGGAUUAUUUGGCACCAGAUGGCUUUUGGUACUGGUAAGUGGUAAGGUGACAGAAAUGGAUGUUCUCAUGUUCAUAAAUAUGUGUUGAUAUACCCCAGAGAAGGCCAUUUGAACAUUGAAGGAGCUUGAAAAUAAGAUAUAUAAUUGUGCCUAAUAUAUUGAACUUGGUUUUUGUAAAGGAUCUUAAUAAGUAUGUUGUGCAAAAACAAUUGACAUGAGGAAUGACAAUAGCUUCGACAUUUUUACUUCAUUA